UCAAAAAAUUCCAUUAUGCCCAAUUGCUGUUUUGGCCAUGAUAGGGACAAUCUCACACGCAACCGAAGCUAUUUGCCAAAGGACAACGUCCAUCACAUUUAAGCAAACCUCCAAAUUCACAGAUUUUCCUCUACUCACCUGAGUUGUUGCCUUCUCAUGUUAACUCCUGUUGGCCUUUGAGCAUAAACCACAAAUGAAUCUUGUGCUUUUUCCGUGGGUUUGAGAUGGAUGAGGAUGAUGAUGAUGAUGGAAAGUUAUGAGAUAUUUGUCUCUCUUCAAGGCUAAAAGAGAAAUUAGAUUAAUUGUGAGGACGAUGAUCGGACAGGAAAAGGGUGUGAAGCCUGUUCUGCUUAAAUUUGGUUUGGCUUUGGCUCUUUCGUUUGCUGGAUUUCUCUACUCACGCUUCAGAAUCAGAAGAAUCAAGCCCUCCAAGUCACGCAAGAGGGGUUCUUUCGGUAACGAGAGUGAAGUUAAUUCAGGAGGAGGCAUAGGGGCAGCAUUAAGCACUUGCAACACCAUUUCAGCAGGAAAUUUUCUAUGUUCUGAAGAAACUUGCACCGACAGGGUGAUAACUGGCAAUUGUACUCUUGCUCUCUCUCCUGACAGUACACAAAAUGGUGAUAGAGAUGACUUCCUCCUACCUGAAUUUAAUGAUCUUCUUAAGGUCAUAGACUUUGGAGCCACAGUUGUUAGAAAUUCUUCUAAAAUAAAUAUGGAAGCACCAUGGUUAAAAGAAUAUGCAGAUCCCGAGAAGGAUGACUAUGAGCAAGAGGUAACUGAACUCCGGCGCAUGAUUAGAAUGCUUCAAGAGAGGGAACACAGUCUUGAGGUUCAACUGCUCGAGUACUGCGGUCUUAGAGAGCAAGAAACAGCAGUGAUGGAGCUGCAAAAUAGAUUGAAAGCAAGUACUGUGGAGGUAAAGAUGUUCAAUCUGAAGGUUAAGACCUUACAGUCUGAGAAUUUGAGACUAAAGGAACAGGUCUCGGAUCAUGCAAAAGUGCUGGCUGAACUUGAGAGUGCAAAAGCGCAAGUCAAAUUACUUAAUGAGAAAAUUAGGUAUGAAGCUGAACAGAACAGGGAGCUGAUAAUAAGUCUUCAACAAAAAGUUUCCAGGUUGCAAGACCAACAAUGCAAAGAUGCUGCUUGUGAUCAGGACAUUCAAGUUAAGCUGCAAAAGCUAAAGGAGCUUGAGUCUGAAGCAGAAGAGUUGAGGAAGUCUAAUUUAAGAUUGCAGAUAGAAAAUUCUCACUUAGUUCGAAGAUUAGAUUCUACCCAAAUCCUCGCUAAUGCAGUUCUGGAAGACCCAGAGGUAGAUGCUUUGAAGCAAGAAAGUGAGUGUCUUAAACAAGAAAAUGCACACUUGACGAAGGAAAUUGAGCAACUAUAUUCUGAUCGAUGUUCAGAUCUUGAAGAAUUAGUAUAUAUGCGGUGGAUAAAUGCUUGCUUACGAUAUGAACUAAGAAACUAUGAAGCCCCACCAGGUAAAACGGUUGCAAAGGACUUAAGCAGAAGCUUGAGCCCCACGUCUGAGAGGAAAGCCAAGCAGCUUAUACUUGAAUAUGCAAAUGCUGAUGGACCAGGGAACAUUGUGGACUUUGAUAUAGAUCAAUGGUCCUCCUCGCAGGCUUCUUCUCUCACUGACAUUGGAGAGUGUGAUGAUUUUUCUUCUGUAGAUAAUUCAUCUGCUGCCAAAACUAACACCACAAGCCAGACCAAGCUUUUAAGCAAACUUAGACAACUGAUACAAGGUAAAGACAGUAGUCAUCACCAUAGUCAUGUUUCAUCACAAGAAAAAUUCAGACGUCAAAAUAGCAAUCCUCAACGGCAAAGUACUUCAACUGGAAUUGAGGGUCUUAGGAGUGAGUUUGCAACUCCCAUUGUCACAUCCAGAACUUCCCUUGAUUUCUCUAGGUUGACGUGUACUCAGGAAGAAGUAAAUAGGAGAAAUUCAGAUAGCGCUUUCAUGGAAAGCUCAAAGAAAUUCAGUGCACGUACAAGUGGUUCCUUCUCAGAUUCCUUGGGCUUGGAAAAAAAUAAUUUGGAGAAAUACGCAGAAGCUUUAAGAGAUUCCAGCGUGAGUGCUAGACAACAAAGACGUAGUAGAUCAGCAUCAUGUAGUUAGUUUUUUGUAACUUAUUAUCAAUGAUGCAUUAGAAAUAUAUACUGUGAAGUAGUCAAUGUAAAUUAGCCGUCAGGUGUAGUUCAGACACCAUCUGUGUACUAAAUAAAAAUGCUUUUUCAAUCGUAGUCAUACUUCAUAAA